AUGAGCGUAUCCAGAGAAGUCGUAUUAGCACAUAUUAAGGAGUAUUUAUCAAGGGACAGUGCUUUUGCCAAGGUUUCCAAGGCUUUGUCCAAGGCUGUGGAGGCAGAAAACUUGGAAUUGCCAGAAGUUGAAACCAAGUUGGAAGAUGUGAUACCAAAGUCUGAAGAAGAUGCCAAAGUUGAAGAAUCCGACAGUUCUGAUUCUGGAAGCUCUUCAGACUCUGAUAGUUCUGAUUCUAGUAGUUCUGACUCUGACUCUGAUUCUGAUUCUGAUUCUGAUGAUGAAUCUGAUGAUAAAUCUGAUGAUGAGGACAAGACUCAAGAAGCCACUCCAGCAACUUCUUCUCAGAAGGAAAGUUCUUCUUCUGAUAGCGAGGACUCUAGUGAUGACUCUAGUGACGAUUCCGGCUCGGACUCCGAUUCUUCAAGUGACUCCGACUCGUCAUCGUCUGAUUCCGACUCUUCUUCAUCUGAUUCUGACUCUUCUAGUGACUCUGACUCUUCUUCGUCUGAAUCCGACUCUUCAAGUGAUUCUGAUUCUGAUUCCGAUUCCGACUCCUCUUCAUCCGACUCUUCUAACUCCGACUCUUCCAGCGAUUCCGAUUCAGACGAAGAAGAAGAAACCAAGCCUGAAUCCAAAAAGAGAAAAGCCGAGUCCUCUUCAGACUUCGACUCCGAGUCCUCUUCAGAUUCAGAAGCUGACUCAGAUCUUGCUCCAAAGAAGAGAAAGACAGACAGCUCUUCUCAAACUGAAUCUAUCAGUUCUGUAUCUACUUCUCCAGAACCAGCCGGUAUCCCAGCUGAAGUGGAACCAGAAUUGAAAGCUGGACAAAGAAAGCAUUUCUCAAGAAUAGACAGAACCAAGAUCUCAUUUGAAGACCACGUCUUGCAAGACAAUACAUACAAGGGAGCUGCUGGUACCUGGGGUGAGGUUGCCAACUCCAAAUUGGGAGCUGUCAGAGGCAAAGAUUUUACCAAGAAUAAAAACAAGAUGAAAAGAGGCGCCUACAAGGGAGGUUCCAUUACUUUUGCAUCUGGAUCAUACAAGUUCACCGAUUAA